AUGACUGCUUUCGCUGCAGGUUCCGGCAGCAGCCGGGGUCACCCAGCUCCUACCCGGAAGCACUACUUGGCCGGCGACGGCUUCCGGGUUGCUCAGGCCGCAGCGGGUACCAUAGAGAUGAACGACUCCGGAGGACUUCAGGUGCCUCUGGCGCCACCUGGCGGGCCCGGAGAAGAGGAUGACGAUGAUGAUUAUGAGAACACAGCACCACUGUACAAGGACCUUCCUCCCAAGCCAGGUUGGAUGGCUCCACCAAGGCCUCCAAGGGCAGGAAAGAAAACAGAGAGCCCCCCACUUCCCUGCAAGCUCCCGAAGAACACAGGCCUGAACCUCACCCCUGUCACCUGCACAACUCCUCAACUGGGCACUGAUCUUGUACCUCCUCCAUCCCAGCUGCCUAUAGCCAGUAAGUCCUUUAGGUUUACCUCUAUCUCCCCUCUCAUGGUGGCCAGUGUAUUUGAGACCUACAGCUCUGGAGUGAGACCCUGUCAUGACCGUAGUCAUUUGCCCCCCUGCUCUUGGCGGAAAGCUCAAGGGUCCCUUCCUCGCUAUCUGAAGCACCAGCAUCAGUCUCUCUGUCCCCAUCUCUGCCUCCCAGCAACUCCAGUGCCCUGGAUCAGUCAGAAGUCCGGAGGUCCUAGGUGUUACCAGGAGGAGAGACUGAUGGUGUUCGUGUGUCUGCUGGUGGUGGUGUCACUGCUCAUGGGCUGCACUUGUCUGGCUGUUACCCUGAUUAAAUACCAGGAGGUGGUGGAAGAGCUGCGGAUGUUAACCUUUCAGCAGAUGGCAUGGCGAGCGAAUGUGACUGGCAUGGCGGGGCUAGCCGGCCUGAAGAAGGACAUUGACCGAGUAAGAGCUGACACCAACCAGUCCCUGCUGGAACUUCGGGGCUUAUUAGACUGUACCAGGGUCACCUGCCCUGAGGGCUGGCUCCCUUUUCAGGGUAAGUGUUACUACUUCUCUCCAAGCACCAAGUCAUGGGAUGAAGCCCGGAAGUUCUGCCAGGAGAAUUACUCUCACUUGGUCAUCAUCAGUAACUUUGCUGAGCAGAACUUUGUGGCCAAGGCUCAUGGCUCUCCUCGGGUAUACUGGUUGGGGCUGAAUGACAGAAACCGUGAAGGGGACUGGAGGUGGCUGGAUGGGUCACCCAUCACUUUGAGCUUUUGGGACCCACAGGAACCCAACAACCUCCAUAAUGAGGACUGUGCCAGCAUGAACAAAGGUGGCACCUGGAAUGACCUCUCUUGCGACAAAACUACGUAUUGGAUUUGUGAGCGGAAAUGUUCCUGUUGAACCCAAGAGCUGAAGUUGGGUGGGGUUCCGUACCCGGUACCCCUUGGCUUUUGGACAUGAGAACCUCCUGCCCUCUGAGAACUGAAGUGGACAUGCCCAAGAUGGAACCAGCAGCCUGGAUGUAGCGAGUUCCCUGGGGUGCAAGUCAGAUCAUUUCUAGAGCGAGGACUUGGGGGCUUGUUCAGUUGGAUGGUGUC